GCAGUUGUUGUUGUCGAAGUCGUUGUUCCCACCAUAGCCAAUAUCGCGCGCGCGAAAAGUGUCCACGGUACAAGGCCUCCGGGAGAGUGGUGGGCAUCUCCGUGAGUCACUAUCGCGUAUCGUAUAUACCACUGCGUUCGGGUUUUGGCGCCGUCUUCAGCCGCGAAACUGCAGUCGGGCAACAACUGCUGCUCCAUCCGAGAAAACGAUAAAUAUAUUCAUAAAUUUAAACAAAUUACACCGACACGAGAGAGUGAUCCGACGGUCUUUUGAACGCACUUGGAUAUGUUCAGUGCAGUACUCGAAUAGCAGGAAGUAUGGCAAGUGUACAAGUAGUGCUGGUGUCCGUAGUGUUACUACUGGUGGACAAUGGCCGCGCCAUUACCGUGAACAGUGACACCAAGAAGGCUAACCCAAAAGGUGGCAACAGUGACAGAACAACGCAAAGUUUAACGUUCUCUUCAAACGGCGAAGAUCAGCUCAUCUUCCGCGAUGAUUCAGCGUUUUCGGCAGUGGUGCCAAGCUCCAAUAGAAGAGUGGGGCAGGCUAGUUCGGUUGAGUUUUUCGAGUCCGGUUGGCGACCGCUGUACAGCUUCAACUCAGAAGAGCAACUUCAGCUGGAUCAACUACCGCAGGAAUCUACGGCGGUAGUUCAUCAGCUGAACGCUCUCGCAGAACCGCCAACGAAUAGAACAACCAAGUACUUCCGCUUCUCCAAGUCGGAUAUUAUGCGCCACGUGCCAGAGCCGGGUGCAAACAGAGUUGCCAACUCGAUCAAGUUUAGAGAAAGAUCUUCAGAAGAAUAUUACGAUGAAGAGAAUGCUCAGCACAACGCAGGUGACGAACCUUCUAAUCUAUCGGACAUUAGCCCGCGCAUGCUGAAAUUUGAGGAAUCCGACAUUAUGAAGUUUAGCGCAAACCGAACCAAACCGUUAAAGUUUGAAGAACCCGUUCUAAAUAGCCAACCAGCGAUCGCUGAAGAUUCGGAACGUGCUGCUAAUUACGAAGUGUACGUGAUUGAGAAUUUGCUUAUGAAUAUGACGAAUCCUGCGAGAUACACCAGAAAUUACACACUGGAAGACACUCAACCCCGAAUAGUUCAGAACGCUGACACACCGACUUCGGCUUCCGCGAUCGUAGAUCAGCGCAAUUCUAGCAGAUUUUUCCGAUUUGAAGAUGCCGAUCGACCAAGGUUCGAAAAGAGUCCGACCAGUUCGUUCAGCUUCUUUGAAAGUGGUCGGGCAGAAUUCAAUUUUCCCAAGGCUGAAACGAUCGUUAAACCAAGCGAACCAAUUCGGGGAUCAUUUAAGUUCUCUGAACUAGACAGCAGACCGCUGGCUUCUUCCGCGUCCCAAACGCGAUACGAUGGCGAUGGGUCCCGGAUUGAAUCGAGCAGCGAACCUAGUCGCGGGUCGUUCAAGUUCUCAGACCUUGACAGUAAACCGUUGCCAUCUUCCCCGACCCAGACACGUUACGGCGACGACGACACUUCGAGACCUUUUAAAUUCACAAAUUCAGCUACUUCGCCUCCUACUCGACCGCUGUCCAACGACGAUCAAUUUUACACGGUAAAAGCUACCAUUCAAAUCGAUGGUUGGAACAAUCCUGCCAUUACGCCACCUACAAAUCUGGUACCGGUUACAACUCGGCGACCCAAGAAGAAGAAGGGCAAAAUCUACAACCAGCAUGGUGUAGACAUCCGCAAACAGGAUGGAUUCAACUACCAGCAGCCGGCACAGUACGAUAACUACCUCCAACAGCAGCAGAUCGCCCAAAACCAAUACCAAGCCAAUCUCCAGAUCCCUCCAACUCCCCAAAGCAUUCCCAUUGACCCUUACUACCAAACCCCUAGCAAUCCAGCAACUCAACCCUUUGACCCCAAUACCUACUACAUUCAGAACUACCUAGCAAACUACCCUUACCAGCAACCCGUCCAAAACCCGCAACCAACAGCCGAGGGAUCCUCCCUCUACCCUUCCCAAUACUCCCAACCACAGCCAAAUCCAAACAUCCCGACCAACCUAAUCCCGGGCGCCGAACAGACCGACAGUCCCCUCAGCGCCCAGAGUAUCUUCGGCUUCCUGCAAUCGGUCUUCAACUUUGCUCCGGGAACCCUCGGUAGCUACCAAACUGCGCCGUCAGCUGCCGGUCCAAACCGUUACAGCGAUCCACAACAGGCGGGAGUACCGGGAGCGCCACCCGGAACUGGUGGUUCACCGAUCACGGCCGUAAGUUCUCAACUCAGGAAGGCGUUGGACAAAAUUGCGGACAACGACGAGCUGCAGUGCGUUCCGAAGCUGAUCUGUAUGAUGUCCAGACGGUCGUCCGGGCAGGGCUUCAGCACCUACGUCAACCGGGGACUGCUGAGCACUGUCCUCAGCGCCGUUCCGGACAGCUCACCCUGGCUGAAGUUCUCCCGGGCCGCCCUGCUCGGCUAUGGCAUCGGGGCCAACAGCUGCGACAUCUACUAUCCCAAGUGUCCCAAGGACGAGUCGGAGAUCAUUUUCUACCUGAACAACCACCGGGGGGGUUUCUUCCGUUACUUCGAGGAUAAGGACGUGAACCGAGGAUGAGCUGCCCGUGCCAAAUAGUGAAGCAAUAAAUAUCUUGGAGCAAGAUUGUAAACUAACACAGAGUAUCGUAGACUGUAGGUAGAUAAUCUAUAAAUAUAACGCCGUAUUCAGAGAGGUGAGAGAGAGUGACUAUUUAUUGCUAGCUGCUAGUGUGAAUAAACGAAAAACUAACUUAAACGUAGUGAUUAACCCAA